UGGAUGAGAAGUGAAAUGUCUUCAAAGAAAAAAAACCCAAGAAAGUCCAGUUGCCUCCUGAAAAGGCACCUUUGGGACAACCAUGACCUGGAUGGCUGAGAAUCUCUCUGCAGUUCCCCUGCUGUUUCACACAAGAGACAAGGCUGUUUCUUGUUUUUCUGCCAUGUAUUUAGGACAAAGUUCGUUAAUUGAGCUUUUUUUCAAGAGAUAUGGAAGCUCCUGUUCCAUUGCCAGGGUCGGAAGCAAUUAGAAGUGAGGGUGAUGGUAGGGAGAAAGAGGCCAACCUAUCCCUUGCCAAAUAUUAUGGGCUGUUUCUGCAGAAGCCCCUGCAAAUCCAGAAUUGCAGAGGUCAGGGCAUGUCCUUCUGUGUCUUUUUCAAGAUCCUUGGAUUUAAUCUGAAUUGUGCUUCCAAAAGAUUCUAAAGCACGUAAAUCACUUUUGACCCUAUGAUCAGAACUCGGGAAACUGGGAGUAGGUGGGUGUACUUUGAACCGAUUACAAAACGACGUGAUUUUUCUAUCUUCACUAGAAAGCAAUUUUUUGGAAAAAAAAAAAAAAAAAAGAACCACAAUUCAGAAAGGGAGGCAGCCUUUGGGGAAGGACCCAAAACCUUUUUCACUUUCAACUCUUAUCACCUGGAUCAGAGGUCUUCAAACUUGGCAGCUUUAAGACUUGUGGACUUCAACUCCCAGAAUUCUCCAGCUGGCUGGAGAAUUCUGGGAGUUGAAGUCCACAAGUCUUAAAGCUGCCAAGUUUGAAGACCUCUGACCUGGAUCAUACAGGUAGCACCUUAAACCCUUUCCUAGCUUCAGAUGAAGGUCUGAAACAUUUGUUUCCCUGCCCCAACAGCAGGUGCAGUAGAUGGCCAGGUUGAUCUUACCUUAUCAACUUCAGUCUCGUUAAUCAUCUACCUGCCUCUCAUUUCCGGACAAGCCGUUUCCUGCUUUGAAUCAGAAACCGCUUGCAGUGAAAGGCUGCAAUCCAGAGAACACAGUUUGACACCCAGGGCGGGCUGCUUCGCCCCUUCCCUUAGGCGAACCCUCCUCAAGGUGACGUAACCAACUUUGCAUUCUUCCAUGAGAAAAAAAAACUUCAGCUAGUGGGAAAGCUUGACGGGGAAGGAUUGUUAGCAGAUCUGCAGCCCUCCUGCGGCUGCUUCGUUUCCCUGGCCUGUCCCAGAUUUAGCAAAAGUUGAGAGCUUCCCUAAAGCAAUGGAAGAGCUCCACCCUCCAUUGAGACCUUCAACCAUCCCUCCGACUGGGCGUGCCUUUGCUUUGGGACGAUGCCUAGAUUAACACCGUACCACACCCAUCGGCUUCUCAAGACGCUUCGCUGAGUCUCUAAUCUUUCCUGUGGGCUCUUCGCCCUGCUGGCAUCGGGGUCACCAUGCUAGCUCUUAAAUUCAAUGGCCGCUCCCUGAUUUCUCCGCUGGGAAUCGUUCGCUUGCUGGAGAUAUUCUUCUCCUGCACUGCUUUCAGCUUAGCAGCCACCUAUAAAGAUUACGGCGGAAACUAUGGGUCUUGGUCGAUGUUUACUUGGUGCUUCUGCUUCAUUGUUUCUGUCUUUGUGGUGAUUAUGGAGCUGAUCAGCCUGGACGCGGCCCUGCCUGUUUCCUGGCAGGACUUCACCUCUGCCUUCUCCAUGCUGGCCACUCUGAUGAUCUUCACGACUUCCGUGGUCUACCCAGCAACCUUCAUACCUUCCUGCCAGAGGUACCACUGUGGUUAUCAGAUUGGGGCUACCAUCAUGUCUUGCCUCUGCUUCAUCGCCUACGCAGUGGAAGUAGGACUCACCAGGGCCAAAGCAGGGGAGCUCAGCAACUUCCUGACCACCAUCCCUGGCCUCCUGAAGGUAUUUGAGGCCUACGUAGCUUGUCUCAUCUUCUCCUUGCUGGGCAUUUCCGAUUACAAGAAAUUUCCUGGUCUGGAAUGGUGUGUGGCCGUCUACUGCAUCUGCUUCAUUCUGACCAUGGUGAUCAUCAUUCUGACCAUUGGACGCUGCCUUGGUUCCUUGCCCAUCCCUGUGGAGAAGACUCUCAUUGCCUACAACAUCUUGGCUGUUCUCAUGUAUCUUACUGUAGUAGUCGUAUGGCCUCUAUACAGCUUUCGGGACAAUCCAAGACCUCGGUGUAAUAUUUCUCCUGGCCGCUGUGUCGUGUGGGACAAUGACCUGGGAAUUACGUUCCUCUCCUUCUUCAACCUCAUCGCCUACAUCGUGGACUUCGCCUAUUCUUACAAAAUGGUUUUUGUGACCACACCGGCAUAGAUGGCUCUUGUACCCAUCUCACCCACACACACAUGCAUGUGUGGUCACCACCUUGGCUUAUGCUGCUGGACAUGCUGAGAUCCAAGAAGCAUGGCUCCAGGAGUAGCAGAGGUUAUAGUUAUCUGAGGUGAUGGAGGUGAUGGCGGUGAUGGUACUUCAAAUCUUAUAAUUACGUGAUUUAAAUUUUGGCCUGUUUUAUUUUAUACUUGCGGUUAUGUUGGAUGGACCGAUCUCAUUUCCUCAAAGAGUUGAGUUGACCCUAUCUUCAUUCACUACAAGACCUCUGUGAAUUAUACCCUGGUUAGAUGUGAGCCCUUCAGGUGUGACUAGAAGUUCGAUCCAGGGCCUAAAAAUGAAUUUGGAGAAAUCAGCGUGCUAUAGUCUUUCCAGCUUCUGUUUUGAAACUCUAGUUGUGAGAAGCGAGAAGAUUAUGAGCAAAGAAGGAAAAUCAGGAGUGGGGAGGAAGCUGAGUCCUCCACAGAAAGAAGACACUGAGCCGAGGACACAAAUUUUUUCCUCAGAUGUGUCCUACAGGAAUGUUUUCUUUGCCUUUCAGCAGAAUAUCUUAUACAAGUUAGAUGAAAUAUGAGAUAUCACUGCAGAAUAUGGAGGGGGGGGUUAUAUUGCUGUACAAAGCAGCCAGCUAAAACAUGGCUUGUUGGAUUGUGGAUUGUUGAAUAAACCACAAUUGGCAAUAAAAAGGGAAAGGCUCCAUCAAGUUGAA